UGGAAAUAAUGGAUAUCCCGACGUGUACAUAUCUAAUGUCCUAUCAUUAUGAGGACAAAUAGUAUCGGUAUUAAGUUUUUAUUAAACAGGUGGUCGUUGUCAUAAUAGGUAAAUAGCCACAAUUUUUAACACUUAACCGGCUUUUGCUUUUAAACCAUUGUAGUUUUUUCGACCAUGACAACAUGAGUUUGGUGAAUAGUUGAAUAUUUGAUAAUAGCAGGAUGUAAUUAUAUAUUGAAUUGAUAUCGCUUUCAAUGGUAAAUGGAUAAAAUGUGGAUCUUCACAGUUUUGUGUAUUACAUUUGUUUAUCCAUAUAGAACUGUGUAUGCGGAAUGCAAUAUCACACUAAAUAUGUUUGGAUAUAAAGAGGCUUUGUGUAAACAUCAAGGAUUUACAUCGAUUCCGGAGGAUUUACCACCUGAUAUAAAGAAAUUGGAUUUAAGUUACAAUAGACUGACCAGACUGGAUGACAACGGAUUUCAUAGAUACAAGUAUCUAGAAAAUCUAAUAAUUGAUAAUAAUGACAUCAGAUUGUUGCAUACUAAGGCUUUCUGUGGCUUAUCGUUAUUGAGACAUUUGUCUUUGUCUAAAAAUUAUCUGAAUGUAUCUGAAUCGUACCCUCAGGGAGUGUUUGAGUCUAUAAAUAAUUUAUCAGUUUUAGACAUUAGUAGAAAUAUGAAAACUCCAGACUCCAACCUAUAUAAAAUUCCCGUCGGCGGACUCAGUAACUUGCGUGAGCUCAGCAUUGAUCUUAUGUUUAAUGCAACGUUUGGACAGCACUUCAAGAAACUGUACAAUUUACAAAAGUUAAGUCUUGAUUAUUGCCACGUAAAUUAUAUUUACAAUGAAACAUUUUUACAAAUGCCGGUGAGUUUAAAGGAAUUCCACAUGACAACUUGUAAAAACUUUGUUGUCAUUGAAGGUGGAGUUUUAGUUCCGUUUCCACAUCUUAGAGUACUGAAUCUUACUAAUAGCAAUAUUCACUUAACACAAGCCCUUAACAUUUUACAUCCAUUUCAGAACAAAACAAUGGAUGCACUUCUUUUUCGCGGAAUAACUCGUCCAGAUUCAAAACAUAGCAUUGAUCCAGUUAUUCUUACACCAGAAAUGAUGAAAUAUGCAUAUACUAUCUGUAUAAAAGCAAUUGACUUAUCCGAAAAUAACAUUAUAUUAGUUAAAAACAAAUCGUUAGUUUUGUUUCAACGUCCAGAGUGCUUUGAAAGUGUUAUUAUAUCUGCUAAUAGUUUUAGUAUGGAUGGCUGGGAAGUUGAUUUCGUCUUGUUUACGUUCAAGAUGAUCAACAUCAAAAUAAUAGACUUUUCAUAUUUCCCAUUAGGAUUCAAAAAUCCAAUUUUCCUAAACGUUGUAACAAGGGAUAACUUUACAAGAAUUGAAGAAGUUCAAGGUAAAUGGGCAAGACAGGCUAAUACCAUGGCAGUAUUAGUUCCGAGUCAAAUUCAGUUUUUGAGAUUAACUCAUUUUAUGACUGAAUUUUCCUUUCUGAAAAUAAAGAUAAGAAAUAGCUCCCUUCGUCAUCUUGAAAUAUCUUACCUUGAAACAGAUUUCUUUCCACUUAUAACUAUGGAAGGAUUUAACAGUUUGGAUUAUUUGGAUUUAUCAGGUAUAAGUUCAGUAAAAACUAUUGGAGAGGCGAAAAUUCCGCUUUUAAUCCAUCUAAAAACACUUAUCUUGAAAGAAACAAACUUAUUUAAUGUUUUGCAAACUAAUACAACAAUAUUAUUUUUUUGUCCAAAUAUAAUAAAUUUGGAUGUAUCAUAUAAUUAUAUCUGGAAAAUCAGAUCGAAUUCGAUUGGGCGACUUCUUUAUCUAAAACAGCUCAAUAUAUCUCAUAAUUUGUUGGAGACUGUUCCAGAUGUGGUUACAACAUUUUAUAACCUUGUUGAACUCGAUUUGUCGCACAAUCAAUUAACAACAAUUGGAAAGAAUAUACUUGAUUGGAUUGAUACCAUGCACAAAAAACAUGGAACUUUUGAAUUUUAUCUUAGUAAUAAUCCGUUUAUUUGUUCGUGUGACACAACGACAUUUCUGAGAUGGAUUUUGACGACACAAGUUACAUUAGAUGAAAAUGGAAAUUACUCUUGUUUGGUUUCUUCAAGAAAUAGUAUCAACUAUACAAGAAAUGUCGCUGAAAACUUUCAUCAUUAUUUUGUUGACUGUGAUACUACCGUCUGGAUCAAAUUGGGCAUUUCAUUGUUGGCUACUCUUUUAUCGAGUGUGCUGUGUAUUGCUCUAUUAUACAAUUUUAAAUGGAGGAUAAUGUUCUUUUUCUUUCGAAAUUUCCGAAGGUUUGCUGAGAAAGGUCUAGAGUUAACUUUUGAUUAUGACGUUUACAUUUCAUAUUCCGAUGACUGCGUUACUUUUGUGAAAGAAUUGCAAGAGAAGGUAGAGGAGGAAUGGGGAUUCAAAGUCUGCAUUGAAGAUAGAGAUUUCAUUAUAGGCGAAUCGAUUGCUCAUGAAAGAGCUACGUCCAUUAACAGAUGCAGACACAUAAUAUUUCUAGUAACGCCUUCAAUUGUUCAAAAUGAAUGGACUCGUUUUGAAAUCGAGAGAGCAAAAUAUGAAAAGUUUUCAAAAAAUCUGCAGAAGAUUGUUGUUAUUACAAGCGAUAUCACUCUGGAUAAUAUUCCCGUAGAAUUUUCAACAAUUUGGAAAGAUGUACUUCUUAUUCAAUGGCCUGUCGAGAAGGAUGCAGUCCAAAUGGCUUGGCAAAAGCUUCGACUUUGGUUCUUUUGAUAUAAUAUAAUUUAUAAAAGUUAUUGCAAACCCAAUGAAAGUUUUCCACAGUGCCAUCUCUAUCUUGACCAGGUAUUUAAACUUUUGUAAGUUCACCUGUCCUAUUGAAUAAAUACAAUAGCUAUUGUUCUCCAUGUAGUUUUUUCACUGGGAUCUUUAAAUUUCUUCUAAGAGAAAUCUAUCACUCAUUGAUUAAUUUACCUGAGUAAAAAAAAAAUCUUGUAAAUAGCGGAAAAUAGAUAUAGGAAGAUGUGGUAUAAGUGCCAAUGAGACAACUCUCCAUCCGAGUUUUAUACUCAAAACUGCAUGUGAUGUUAUAUUUAUUCAAUAUUGAUAAUAUAUUUUCAAUCGGUUGAAUGUAAACAGUGAUGCAAAGUUGAAACAUUAAUAAAAUAUAAAAAAGAAGAUGUGGUGUGAUUGCCAAUGAGACAACUCUUCACAAGAGACCAAAUUUAUGUACAAAAAAUGAAUGAAAAACAAAUAUGUUAUACAUAAACAAACGACAACCACUGAAUUACAGGCUCCUGACUUGGGACAGGCACAUACAUACAGAAUGUGGCAGGGUUAAACAUGUUAGCAUUGAUGUAUGUUAUAUUAAUAAUAUAUUAAUAAUAUAUUUUCAUUCAGUUUAAUACAUGUUUAAACAUUGAUUCAAUCAUAAAAAGUUGAUUUCUGACAAAACUUUCAACAUUGUUCCUUUUAAAAAAAAAAUUGUUUGACAUGAAUAAAAACUUGUAAAUUAUGAUGUUCAAAUUAAGAUCUUCUUAAAUGUAUUCUAUAACUAGACAACAAAAAAUCAAAUUUCAAUAGGAACAUUGAUAAAACUUUUGUUUGAAAUCAACUUUUUAUGAUUGAAUCAAUGUUUAUAUUAAACUGAAUGAAAAUAUAUUAUUAAUAUUGAAAAAAUACAUCAUCACACGCAUUUAAUGAGUAUAAAAAAAGUAUUUUUGUCUAUAUAUAAGAUUUUUUUUUACUCAGGUAAAUUAAUCAAUGAGUGAUAGA